UAACCCUAAUCCCAUGAUAACAACACAGUAAACCUGAUCAAUUCAACUUAAAUCUAAAUCUUCGAAAACAAGACCACACGAGCACUGGUUUCAAACUCAGACUCCACCCCUUCAUAGCCAUGGACUCCACCCCAAACCCUAACCCCACACCUCAACCCCAACCCCAACCCCAAUCGCUUUCCAUUAAAGCCUCCGCUUCUAAGCUCCCAAUCAAACGCAAAACACCAGACUCUUUCUUCACAGUCCCAAACCCUAAGCCUAAUUCAUCUCUAAUCCGCACCCCCAAACUCAAAUCCACCGCCGACGGCGACGAUUACGGUGACGAUGACGUCACCCCUGGCGGAGACAGCAGACCUCCGCCGUUCAAGUUCCACCGGAUAUGGACCGAGCCAGACGAAAUUCGGUUCCUCCGUGGCCUCCUCGAUUGCUCCCCGGAGAACCUCUCUUUCCCUCGCGAUCUCCAUGUUUUCUAUGCUCGCUUCUCCAAUACCAUGCCACAACCGUAUACGAAGUCUCAGCUCUCCGAAAAGCUGCGGAGGCUCCGCAAGAAGUUCCGAGUGAUCUCCUCUCGGCUCGCGAAGGGCCUAGAUAAAGCGCUGUUGUCGCCCCACGAUCAGGCUUUGUACGAGCUCUCGGAGCAGCUAUGGCACCCGGAUUUUUCUUCGACAUCGCCUUUUGGUGCUAAUAAUAACAGCAAUAAGCCGAAAGAAUCCAAUUUGGUUGGAGUUGAGGUGAGCUUUUCGCCGAUUUUGCCUUCGGUUUUGGUCGAAAAGCAGACUAUGAGUCAGGAUUUGAACCAAAAUGGGGUGUUGAAUGUGGUUGAAAUUGAUAAUGGUGGCAGCGAUGAUGGAUUUGUCGGCGGUGGUUUGGGGGGCGAUGGUGGUGAAGUGAAAUUGAGUGAAGUGAAUGUGGAGUUUGAGGAUGAUGUUCAAGAAGACGAGGUGGUGGUGCCGAGUGAAUUGAAUGGUGAGAUUGAGGAGAUAGUGGGGAAGACUUUGAUUGAUGUGUUUGAUGAGUCUUUGAAGGAGGUUAGGACGGCUCUUGUUCAACAAGGGCUGCUUUAUCACGGUGAUAGGUUGAGUUUGGUGAGUUCUUUGAAUGAAGACAAAGCGGGGAGUUUUGAAAGGAGGUGGCGGGAGCAAAGGGUUGAUGAACUGGAUGUGUUGGCUCGUCGCUUGAGGUUGGUUCUUGAGCAUUCCCUCCAAAAGCAUCAAGCUGGUGGUGCAAUGGUUGGGUAUUGAAGGUUCCUUGGCCAUGCAGGAUUUUAGUAUAUUGUGAUGGUGGUGCUUUUAAAAGUUCCGAAGGAUCAUGUUUUGUGUGUUAUCCCGUUAGUAGCAGUGAUGCUUUUCUUGAGCUUGUCGGGUAAGUGGUGUUGGUGGUCACAAAGGAGCAAAUUAAAUGAAGCCUCAGAGGGUGAGCAUGCCAGUGGUUGUCAAUAGUUACCGACGGUAGUGUUGUGGUUCUGAAAUAGUUUACAUGGGAAUGCAAACGAUGGAAUGUUGGAGUGAUUGAGUGGUUGUGGUGUUGGAAACCUCAAGUAACACAGCAUGACAAUGUUGAACUGAUUCAUAUGGCUAUGGCUCGAUAAUUGACUGCUGUGGUGAUGUGCACAACGACUAUGAUUAAUGCUUUGCUCCUGUGCAAGAAAAAGUUUGUGUUAGACUUCAAAGCGUUGUGCGCUUGUACGGUUGCCAAUGAUUUGGACUGAUUAUCAAGGUAUGCAUCUAAUAUCUAGUACUCGUGUAUAAUAUCAUUGGCCUUUAUAAGAUCUCAAAGUAAGUAAUUCAGAAAACAGACCUUUGUUAUGCGUAAACUGUGAAAAGAAAUUUCAAGUUGUCAUCAUUUCUGAACUUAUGUUAACAGCUAAUUACCCACACCAUGUAAUGAUAUAACAAAACCGGCCGUCAAAAUGAAGGAUUGCUAACAUUGAUGACCAAGGGACUAACAAACAUGAGGUUGUCAAGAAGAAUAAGCUGAGGAAAAGAAUUUAGGGCAUGUUUCAUUUUACCCUCUUGUGCUUUGCCUCUUAUGCACAUCACUUGCUGAUGUUAAAAAUAACCACAUACACUCAUGUGGUUGUGGAAUGUACACACAUGACUCUGUUAACAGA